AUGCCCCGACAGCUCCAGAUCCCCCGGAGGGUGAGGAUCGACCCUCGCGUAUGUUGUCCAGAGAUGCGCAGUACACACAGCGGCUCGGUACGGCCUUCUGCAGAAAAAGCGGCAGCUCCAGUGAGCCCACACGUGGUUCACUCUGGAAGCGAGGACAAACUGGUGGUGACGUAUGACCUCAAACAGAACAAGGCACUCGUCCAGCACACGUCGUUGGGUGGAAACAUCACAAACCUGUCGCAGCGCAAAGACCGCGACAACGAGGUGGUAAGUUGUGCGCAAGAUGGGAAGCUCCUGUUCUGGGACGUUGACUAUCCUGAUCCAACAGGCUGCAUUGACAGCCCAACGGGGAUGCCACUCCGACUGCCACGCCUUCAGAAUCAGACACAGUACGUAUGA